AUGUCCACAGGCAGCUGCCUUUGGAACAAGGUUUCUUCUCAUGCCAGGCUUCUGACUUGCUCUAGAAUUGCUUUGAAAGGCAAGCUACCUUGUUUUCUUUGGCCCAUGGAAUUCCCAUUUUUUCAUGGAAAGAUAACAAGAAAAACCUGUGAAGAGCUGCUGAGCGAGAAGAAAAAGAAUGGCAGCUACUUAAUACGGGAGAGUGAGAGUGUGGAAGGAGCCUUGUGUCUCUGUGUUUUCUUUGAGGACCUUAUCUACACUUACCGUAUCUUCAGAGAACACCAAGGGUAUUUUAGAAUACAGACUUCUGAAGGUGUUCCAGAGAGGACCUUCAAAACAUUAAAGGACUUAAUAUACGCUUUUGAAAAGCCAAAUCAAGGACUGAUAAUAAACCUGCGCUACCCAGUGAAGAAACCAAAAGCCUUGCAAAGAAGCCAGAGGUUCAAGUCAGGAAUGGACAAUAUUUAUGAUGAAGCUGAUGACAGCGGCGAUUAUGUCGAUGUCUUACCCUGA